GAAGUUGGUAGUUACUUGCGGAGAACAGGUUUGUACUGGUACAGAAUCCAGGAGCACUGGAUAGGUUAACUGCCCGCCGUUACAUAACUGAAAUACUGUUGAAAAACGGCGUUAAACCCACAACAAACAAACAAACUUUUCAAUGGUAUCGUCCUGGGCUGGAUGCUAGGGUUGUAAAUUUGACACCUUCAGUGGGAUCGGCUGGAAAUAGGUUUUUUUUUCAUCCAUUCCAAGCGACUACCCACGCUAAAGAAGAAAGCUUACCUUUUUCCAGUUAAAACUUUCAUUUAAUUGCCGAAAACCAGCAACGCCCCACCCCCUUGUUUAUGUAUUAAGUAACGUCUUAUAGAUUAAGUUAUCUACCAACCGACAUAGCAGUUUUCAUUUUGCCAUUUCUGCAAAAUCUGAAAAAAAAAUGCAUUUAGUAAAACACCAAGAUGUGCCCACCUUAUGUUAAUAUUUGCGAAGUAGAAGAAAAAGAGAUCAAUAUUUAAAAUGUCAACACUUCAAAGAAUGGAUCAGUAGAGAUUCACACCGUCAAAUUAUAAUGGAUUAUACAACUGAUGAUCUAAUGACAAUGAGUUCUUGUACUACUACAUUUUAAGAUUUCGACAAAAUUGCAAGAGAAAAAAACUGCAUUCUAACAUAAAUCGUUAAUAACGUAAUACCGGGUAACUCCAUAUCACUAGAUUCAAAGGUGUGAUUUUACAAGCUAGUUCACUGAAGUGUUGUGUUAUUUGAUAGAGAUUUUAAACUGAAAGUUGCACGUAUUAUACCGUUGUAAAGACAAUCUGUGGUAUAGUCUCUUCUACAAGGACAAGAUGAGAUUUACGCUGGGAAUUCUGGUCAUCCUUAGUGUUGCAGUUGGGAAAUUAUUUGCUCAGGAAACAAAAGCUGUAACAACAACCAUUGGUGUUGUAAAGGGCAAGACUGAAAUUGUCAGCUCUUUUGAGAAAACUGGGAAACUUCACAAGUUUUUGGGAAUCCCUUUUGCUGAGCCGCCAGUUGGAGAACUACGUUUCAAAAAGCCAGUUCCAAAAACUCCUCUUUCAGCACCAUUAGAUGCUUUUACUCAUAACAACGCUUGUAUGCAAGAUUUAAAAAGACCAAACAUAUCAUAUUCUGAAGAUUGUUUAUAUUUGAAUAUUUAUGCCCCAGAAAGAGAGAAUGAAAACGACAAGCUUCCUGUGAUGAUAUGGAUAUAUGGGGGUGGUUUUCAUUAUGGGGAUUCGAAUAUGUACUCUGGAGAUUAUUUGUCGAUUCACGGAGAUGUUAUAGUGGUAACACUCAACUAUAGAGUGUCCAUAUUUGGAUUCUUAAGCACAGGAGACAUUUCCUCGCCGGGGAAUUACGGGCUUUGGGACCAGCGUUUGGCUAUCGAAUGGGUUAAUGAUAAUAUUGCUGCUUUUGGAGGUGAUGUAGAAAAGAUAACAAUAUUUGGAGAGUCAGCGGGAUCAAGUAGUGUGAUUUAUCAAGGACUGUAUACAGGUAAUAGAGGUUUGUUUCAAAGAAUCAUAGCCCAGAGUGGAAGUAUUAUGGCUUGGUGGGCCAGUACCGAUAAGGGUCUACGGUAUGCAAACACUGUAGGAUCAAUCGCCAACUGUGAAAUGGAAACCACUGAUGAUUUGGUCUCGUGUCUCAGAAACCUGCCUGCAGACAAACUGUUAGAUAUAAUUAUGAACGCUCCAGUUGAUGACGACUUUGCAUACUACCCUUUCAGACCUACUUUCGAUAAUGACUUUAUAAAAUAUGACCCGAAGAAAGUAUUUGAUUCAACCAACUCUCUUUCACGUGAUGUAGUGCAGUUCUUUGCUGAUUUUGACCUUUUAACGGGUGUAAAUAUCAUUGAAGGGGUCGGCGGCCUUAGUCCUAUGUUUGGCGUUCAAGAUUUAAUGAACUUCGCACCAAAUAGAACAGACUUUGAAAACAGACUGGUUCCUAUUUUAAUUAAAGAGAAAUAUGGCGAAGGUGUGCCGUCAGUAUUGAGCAAGAUCGUUUCUGUCGAGUACACAAACUGGACCGAUCCAAACAAUUUUUACAACGUAAGGGACGAAUAUCUCAGAAUGCACGGAGAUGCCUACUUCAACGCUGAUAUGUACAAGACGGUUGAUACGCAUGUAGAUCAAGCAUCAGCUAAAACUACCUAUAUCUAUAUGUUGGACACUGAGCCAGAAACCCGCAUUGGCUAUUAUAUCCCUUGGAUCAAGAAAGCAAUGCACGGGGACGAGUUGCCUAUCGUAUUUGGAUAUCGUAUCACCUAUGGGGAACCUUUUCCAACCCCGAAAGAAUGGGAAAUCAAACUCUCAACACAAGUGAUGACUCUCUGGGCAAAUUUUGCCAAGUCAGGGAAUCCUAAUGUCCCCGACGUCCUUGGAAUAAACUGGUCGCCAUACACAGCGCUUGAUCAGCAUUACCUACAUAUCACCAGAAAUAUGACGUCAGAAAACGUACGGCAACGCUGGAAUAUAGGUGCAGCUAAUUUCUGGUUAGACAUUGUCCCACCGAUCGCACAGUUGACAUCAUGUGAAACAGAUUACCAUGGCGGUAUAAAUUCUGCAGCAUUUAUCUCGCUCUCUCUGUUGAUUCCGUUUCUAAGUACAAUUGUGACAAUAUUCGUUUCAGAUUACUAAGAAAUCUAUCUGAGAUUUAAAGAGAAAAUCACUAUUGUUAGCUCACCUGAGC